AUGAUAGAAUGUCACCAAGCCUUUAAAUUAUUUGAUAAUAAAAAAGAUGACACAAUUCCCAAAGAGGAUUUAGGAAACUUAUUACGUGCUUUAAAACAGAAUCCUUCACAAGCGGAAGUUGCAGAGCUUUCUAAAGAUUUAGGAGAAAGAAUUGACUUUAAUAAAUUCAUGGAAAUUCUUGAAAGACCAAAUGGGUUUGCACCGCUUGGAACUUUUGAAGAAUUUAUUGAAGGAUUUCAAGUAUUUGACAAAGAUCGAACUGGUUAUAUAUCAGCUGGUGAAUUGAGAUAUGUUUUGAGUAAUUUAGGAGAAAAGCUUAGUAAUGAAGAAGUUGAUGAAUUGAUGAAAAUAAGCCAAACAACAACAAUUAGACCAGCUAUUAUUAACUUGUCUGUUCAGACAAAUUUUAACAUUAGGGAUUUAUCAACACGAAAAAAUUUAUUUAAACUUGAGAAAAAUUCAAUAAAUCGAUUUUUUACAGCAGAGCCUGUAAACAAAGAAAGCAAUGAUAAUAAAUCAAGCGAGGAUAACGAUAAUAAUGGAAAUAAAGAUGAUAAAAAUAGUCUUAAAAACAUCAGAAUUCCAAAAGGGUUUGAAAACUUUUUCAACCCAAAAUACAAACAAAAUGUUAAAGGCGAUUCAAAAAAUCCUAGGAUUUCACGUGAGAUAACAUGGCAAGAAUUUAGAAAUGCAUUUUUGGAUAAAGGAUUAGUUGAUAAAUUGGUUGUGAUAAAUAAAAAAAAAGUCAAAGUAUAUUUGCAUUCUAAUGUAACAGGUCAAAUGUAUCCAAACUCGCCCACAUUAUCGUCAGGUAUAACAUAUUAUUUCAGUAUUGGAUCAGUAGAGGAAUUUGAAAGAAAGUUGGAAACUGCUCAAAACGAAUUGGGAAUUCCGCCAACCGAAAGAAUUCCAGUAGCAUACCACGACGAGAUAAAUAUGCUUAGUGCAUUAUUACAAUUUGCUCCAACCUUGAUCUUGAUUGGAGCAUUAUAUUAUUUUUCAAGACGUGCUGCUGGUGGAGCAGGAUCUCAAGGAAUUUUUGGAAUCGGCAAAUCUAAAGCAAAGUUGUUUAAUCAAGAAGCAGAUGUCAAAGUAAAGUUCAAGGAUGUAGCAGGUAUGGAUGAAGCAAAAGAAGAAAUCAUGGAAUUUGUAAAAUUUUUAAAAGAUCCAACUGCGUAUGAGAAAUUAGGUGCUAAAAUUCCAAAAGGUGCAAUAUUGAGUGGACCACCUGGUACAGGUAAAACACUACUUGCUAAGGCAACUGCAGGAGAAGCCGAGGUACCAUUCCUAAGUGUGUCAGGAUCAGAAUUUGUAGAAAUGUUUGUUGGAGUUGGUCCAUCCAGAGUACGUGAUUUAUUUGCCACAGCAAAAAAAAAUGCACCAUGUAUAAUAUUUGUGGAUGAAAUAGAUGCAAUAGGUAAGUCGAGGGGAAAGGUUGGACAAUUUGGUGGAAAUGAUGAAAGGGAAAGUACGUUGAAUCAGUUAUUGGUGGAAAUGGAUGGGUUUGGUUCCAGCGAACAUGUGGUUGUUUUAGCCGGCACCAAUAGACCAGACGUGUUAGAUCCAGCAUUACUAAGACCAGGAAGAUUUGACAGGCAUAUCGCAAUUGAUAAACCAGAUAUUAAGGGUAGAGCUGCCAUAUUUAAAGUACAUUUGAAACCUAUAAAAACUAAUGAAGACAUGGAACAUUUAUCAAAUAGAUUGGCCAGUUUAACACCAGGAUUUUCAGGUGCAGAUAUAGCCAAUGUGUGCAAUGAAGCAGCGCUAAUUGCGGCAAGGUAUUUUAAAGAGUCGGUGGAAGAAGAACAUUUUGAACAAGCGAUUGAGCGUGUUAUUGCAGGGCUAGAAAAGAGAUCAAGGGUGCUCUCACCAGAAGAAAAGAAAACCGUUGCAUACCAUGAAGCAGGACAUGCAGUUGCGGGAUGGUUUCUUGAGCAUGCUGAUCCAAUUUUGAAAGUUUCAAUUAUUCCGAGAGGUAUAGGCGCAUUGGGGUAUGCACAAUAUCUACCAAAAGAUCAGUACCUCUAUUCAACAUCUCAAUUGCUCGAUCGUAUGUGUAUGACAUUGGGUGGACGUGUGUCCGAACAAAUCUUUUUUAAUAUAGUGACUACAGGAGCUCAAGAUGAUUUACAAAAGGUUACAAAAUUGGCAUACGCACAAAUAUCAGCAUAUGGAAUGAAUAUAAACAUAGGACCACUUUCAUUUUAUAAUGCUGGUGACAAUGAGCCGCAAUUUCAGAAACCAUAUUCAGAAGCAACAGCCAGAAUGAUUGAUGAAGAGGCGAGAAAGUUGGUUGGAAUGGCAUAUGAAAGAACGCUUAAACUGUUGACAGAGAGAAAGAAUGAUGUUGAAAAGGUUGCACAGUUAUUAUUAUCAAAAGAGGUAUUGAACAGAGAGGAUAUGAUAAAUUUACUGGGCAAAAGACCUUUUUCAGAUAAACAUCCGUAUGAAGAUUAUUUUACUAAAGACAAAAAAUCACCACCGCCACCUGCUAAUACUGAUACUACCACUACAAGGUGA